AUGUUUUAUAAAUAUCUUAUUCUUUUAAUAUUAAUUAUUCCAAUAUAUACAAUUGAUAUUGAAUUAACUAUACUUAUUUCAGCUAAUCAACGUGAAUGUUUUCAUGAAAUAUUACCAGCAGGUAAAACAAUUGAAAUUGAAUAUGAAGUAUUAGCUGGUGGUGAUAUUGAUAUAAAUUAUUGGUUUUAUUCACCAACAAAUCGUGUUUUACAAUCAGAUUUUAAAAAACGUGAUGGUCAUCAAACAUUAAAAUUAGAAGAAACAGGAGAAUAUCGUUUUUGCUUUGAUAAUUCACUUUCACGUUUUCAUCAAAAACAAGUUUAUUUUAGUUUAAGAAUUGUUGAUGAACAUGGUAAUAGUGAAGUUGAUCAUGUUACAGAACCAUGGAUGAAAGAUGUUGAUCGUGAUGAUCUUGGUGAUUUACAAAGUAAAAUUGAACAUUUUAAAGAUACUUUCCAACGUAUUUGGGAUAAUAUGGAAAGUGCUCAACGUUAUCAAAGAGUAUUUAAUAAUUAUGAAGUACAUGAUCGUGUUAUAGCUGAAAACAAUUUUGAACGUGUUAAUUUUUGGUCAAUGGUUCAUUUAUUUCUUAUGAUAGCUGUAUCGAUUAUUCAAGUUGUAACUAUUCGUAGUUUAUUUGAAUCAAAAUCAGCAUAUGGUAAAUUUUUACGUGGAAAAAAAUAA